GGGUGCCUUGCAGAGGCGGAGAUGCUGUUAAUGUUUAAGCCACAAGGAAGUCUAAGGAUUCAAGGUCCUCUGUGUGAGGUGUUUCUGAGCUAAACUGCUGGUGGUUCUCUGCCUGGUUACUCUGCCCUCUGAGGAAGAUGUCUGAAAAAUUUGAAAUCCUCAACCUGGAUAUGAAGACAGGGGACACCCUGAAAAUCAAGGGCAAGAUAUCCGAUGAUGUUGACCGCUUCAGCAUCAAUCUUGGCUGCAGGUCCUCGGAUCUGGCAUUUCACUUCAAUCCCCGCUUUGAUGAGUCCGUCAUUGUCUGCAACUCCAGGUGCUCCAACGCCUGGCAGUCAGAGCAUCGUGAUAACCACUUCUGUUUCUCCAAGGGCUCCACUACCAAGAUCAUCAUUGAAAUGCAGGCAGACAAAUUCCAAGUGAAACUACCAGAUGGACAUGAAGUGGAGUUCCCCAACCGGCACAGCUAUGACAAGAUCAGCUACAUGAGCAUCAAGGGAGGCUUCCAAGUCACCUCCUUCAAGCUGGAUUGAUGGGUGCCACUUCCUAGCUCUAAUAAAAACCCAAGCAGUGGGAGACUGCUUGCUCCAGCUGCUUUGGCUUCUGUAAGA